AUGGCCUCAUUUGCGCAAAUACUCAAGGUCACGGCAAUUGACUCACAUUCAUAUCGCGUCAACUUUACAGAUGAAUGGUGCAUUGGAUCUGUACCAAAUGGCGGCGUGGUGACCUCGGUCCUGCAGUCGGUCGCGCGGGAGCACUUUCUCACAACGCUAAAGUCCCAAAACCAGCCAGAUUGCAUCUCCCUACAUGCAGACUUUGUGCAGCGGACGUCGGCUGGUCCGGCAGUCGUCCAGGUCGAGGAUCUCAAGCUAGGGCGCCAGACGUCGACGGUACGGCUCACGCUGGUGCAAGAGGGCCGGAAGGAGGUCCUCGUGGUGCUCACGCACGCCAACAUUGCCCUCGAGUCGGGCCUGAGCCUGCCCACGGCGUGGCGGCUCGACCCGCCACCGCCGCCCGCCGAUCUGGUCAAGAUGGCCGCGCACGGCACGGAUGGCACGUGGACCGAGUGGAAGUCGCCGCGGCCAGACUUUCGCAAGGCGUCGCUCAACGCCAACAUGUACACGGUCCGGCAGAGCGGACGGGUCGACCGGGGCGUGGUUGAGCAGUGGAUCAAGCUCAAGAGCGGAGAGAACUUUACCAACACGAGCCUCGGAUUCCUCAGCGACAUGUUUCCUCUCAUGGUCGAGUCGUACAGCGAAGACGAGGACGCCAUGGCAAGUGCAUCAGUCUCACAGCGGCAGUUGUACAGACACUGGUAUCCGACGCUGGCCCUCAAUCUCGACGUGAAGAAGCUGUUGCCUGAGGGAGGAGCCAAGUGGAUGUUUGUGAGGGUUCAGUCGAAGAUGAUUGCGAAUGGGCGCAAGGAUUUGGAGGUUAUCAUUAUGGACCAAGAGAACGAGAUUGUUGCGCUGAGCCACCAUGUAGCCAUGAUACUGGAUGCUUCACGAAAUAUUGCAAAGAGGGGAGAGAGUGGGAGCAGCGAAUCUAAUAGUAGUAAACUGUAG